AUGGCUUCUCUUCGUCCAUUCUCGUUGUUCUUCCCUCUUGCCACUGUCCUCCUCUGCAUUUCCCCUAUUAUCUGUGACACUAACAUAGAAGAUAUGAUCACAAGGAUCUGCCGCCAAAUGGAGGAGUUCGGCUUCUGCUACAAUACGUUCCAUGAGAACCUCGACUCUCGAUCGCCCGACUUAAAAACCCUAACUCAGAUCACAAUCGACCAGUCGAUUGUCAAUGCGACAAACAGCCACUACUACGCUGCCCUCCUGCUUCAUAAUGCGCCUGAGGGUCCAGACAAGUAUGCUCUCAUGGCAUGCGAGAACGCCUAUGCGCUCAUCCUCCGGCAGUUCCAAGAAGCUUCUGGUUACUUUAACAACGGGGAUUAUCAGAGUGUGGUCGAUGCUGAGAGGGUAAUGCCCCGAGCCCUAGGGAGCUGCACCUCCUACUAUAUCACGCCGCCAUAUCCUGCGAACCCCCUCGCAGACCGGAACAGGCAGAUGAGGAUUCUCAUAACCAUGUCUAUUGUGACAGUUCAUUACCUAGUCCAACCGUGA